UUUGAUCGGAGCAUGGACAAGCAAGAUACGAAGCCGCCACGCGUCGUCUUCGAGAGCAUUCCGCGCCUCUUCGCCUACGACGCGACGCCCCAUCAUGGCGUCUUUGACCACUACGAGCGCGAGACGCCGUCUUGGCACGCGCUGACUAAGCUGCCGCUCGUGCAGGAGCCCAGCGUCAAGGUGCUCUACUGGGUCCGCCACGCCGAGGGCCACCACAACGCCGCCGAGCGCUUCUACGGCACGCCGACGUGGGACGCGACCGUCUCGCUCUCGGACGAGUACUUGGACGCUGCGCUCAACGACGCCGGCCUCGCCGACGCCCGGAAUCGGUCGACGCACAUGCUGUACGAACGCCAUAUUGGGCUGCCCCUCGACAAGAUCAUCGUGUCGCCACUCACACGGACGCUGCAGACGGCGCACGAGCUGUUUCGUCUUAACGACUCGAGUGUACCGUCGGUGCCAAUUAUCGCGAUGGAGAACUGUCGCGAGACGCUCGGCGUGCACACCUGCGACAAGCGCAGUCCGCGGUCCGCGCUGGUCGAAGCCUUUCCCAAGGUCAACUGGAGCCUCAUUGAUGACGAAGAGGACACGCUGUGGUCGCCUAGCCAUCGCGAGACGAACGAUGAGAUCCAAAUGCGCUGCCACGCGUUCUUGGACGACGUCUUCACCCGCAUCCCCGACAAGUACAUUGCCAUCGUGUCCCAUGCCGGGUUUAUCCAAAACUGCAUGGUACUCUUGCGAUACCCCAACUACAAGCCAAAAAACUGCGAGACGAUUCCGACUGUGGUCCAGCGCACGCUCUUGGCGCCGUCCGUUGUCGCCAAGCAGUUGCCGCCCGCCGAGCGCAUGAUGGAGCUUUCAUCGCUCUUGACCAUGCUGCUCGUGUUGGUUCUCUCGUGUAGAGCUCUGCGCACCCACUGUCUACCAAGCUGUGGACACAAUUAGUUAUACAAUACGAUAGUUGAUACUACGACACUUCAAUUUUGUGUGACG